AUGGCUAAAAGAAAUCGCAUCAAGAAUCUCCUCACAGCCACAUCCGCCGAAAUACCAAGCAUUUCUCCCCCAUCUCAUGCUGUUGGUCAAUCCAGCAGCCCUGUGGUUUCCCUGGCAUCUCCAGCUGCCGGGCAAUCCAGCCAACCCCGCCGGGCAGGCAAAAGACCUCGCGCAGAUCCAACUGCCAAGCUGGUUGCCGAGCUAACAACCGAGCAGCCCACCAACACUGCCGAUCCCAUUCCACCAUGGCGGCCGCAGCUCAAGUACCGGGGCCAAGAUAUCCCGGCAAAUGCUUCUGUCAAGGGCGAUAAGGAGCACUUUGCACUUCUGUGGCACCGAUUAAUGGGAAGAAAAGCUCUAAUGACAAGCUUUUCAGGGACAAAGAAGAUACGCUCAUAUGCUCAUUGUGCAAAGCAUUCUCAAGGAAUUACAUUGCUAAUGAUCAACCUAGACAACUCCACCACUGUCGAGACUAAGCUAGCUUUGAAUAGAACUCGGACACUGCGACACAAACACAAGUCUCACAGUCACAAAACAAAGCCUAUUCAACUACUUCAAGGAAAAAAGAAAAGCAGAAUGACAAGAGAGGAGUACCAUUUGACAGCAAAGGACGGGAAUUUACACAGCCAGGUUAUGUUGCUUAAUGGGAAUGUUUUAACUGUAAAUUCGUCAGGGCAUAUACCCCCAUUGGAGCCUCAAUAUGUAAAUUCAUCGGAGCCCAUAACUGUUGCUCCUUUUUCUAUUUUGUUUGCUCACUUCCCAAAUGUUGUUCUUCAUGCUUGUAGGUAGGAGAGUAUAGAUUGAGCCAAAAUUAGUUCCAUUUAGUGAUUCAUCAAAAAAGAAAUAGAAUAUUAUGCAUUUUUUUAAAA